GAUGUCUCCUCGUUGAAGACAGUGCCCGAAAACUACCUUAUAUUUUACUCGUCCCUCAACACGGAAGGAGAUUUGUGGUGUCCGGAUUGUCGCGCGGUGCAAUCAAUCGUCAAGGAUGUAUUCAGCCGGGAAUCAGGACCAUCGGGCUUGAUCGUAUAUGUGGGGCAACGAGCAGAGUGGAAGGACGCAAAUCAUCCACUGCGCGGCUCUCCUUGGCAUGUGUCGGAGAUACCGACUGUUAUCAAGCUG